UCCAUAUCUUUGUCAGAUUGAUUGAUCUGGUUUGACUAUAGACUUAUCUAAUGAUUUAUCCACACAAACCUCUGUUCUCUAACCACUGUAAUUAGAGCUGCUGCACUCAUUUGAUUUGGAUCUCAUACAGUAUGAACUAACGUAUAAACAAUUAUACAUUUUGUGGUUAUUAAUUCUAUCAUAGCUUAUAUAUUUAUACACUUGAACCUACCUAAUACUGGUUGCAAAAUGUAUUCAUCCUUUGGCUCUAAAAUAAAACUUUAGGGUCUGAAUUAAUAGCUACAUUAUAGUUAUAAUAGCAUUUAAAUAGAAAAAUACACCUAAAACAUUCUUAAAUCUUGUAGUAUGUAAUGAUAUUUCUUUGCCAUGUGGCGAUUAUCGGCUCUAUAUCAUGUAGUUUAUGCUUCUGUAAUCUUUGGCUCCAUCACACAUUAUAACCUACAUGCUGAGUAGGCCAUUGGCUCAUGGCUGCACAUUUUUCUGUGCAUUUGCGCGUGCUGUGGUGCGUUGAGGGCUGCCUGCAUAUGACAGAGGAAUAUUUAAAUGUCUUGUGUUUUAAUUGACGCUCGAACUAGAACUGUAGCUCAGAAACGAGGAACAGCCCCCAUCUACCGGCAGCGUCUCCUCUGUCUCCUCUGCACGCUGCAGACAGUCCGGAGCUCCUCAGCCUGCACUCUGCACAGGGAUCUCACACAGCACAGCCUCAGAGCCUCUAAGCCCAUUUGGAUGCGCUGAGAGAGCGGGGCGCAGCGCUGCAGUACAGUACAGUAUAUGGAAGUUGUGGGCUGCAAGACAGAGGCAGGCAGUUGCACGUUGCGUCCAGGACCGGGAGCCAUGCUUUUCCACGGGAUCUCCGGGGAUCACAUCCAAGGGAUCAUGGAGGAGAUGGAGAGAAGGUCGAAAACGGAGUCGCGCCUGGCGAAGGGCAUGCAGCUCAACGGGAGGGAGUCGACCAUGCCUUCUAUGAGCCCGGAGAAGCCUGCUCUGUGUGCCGGCUGUGGUGGCAAGAUUUCGGAUAGAUACUACCUCCUGGCCGUGGACAAACAGUGGCACCUGCGGUGUCUCAAAUGCUGUGAAUGUAAACUAGCGCUGGAAUCGGAGCUAACGUGUUUUGCCAAGGAUGGGAGUAUCUAUUGCAAGGAGGAUUACUACAGAAGGUUCUCCGUGCAGAGGUGCGCGCGCUGCCACCUCGGGAUAUCGGCCUCUGAGAUGGUGAUGCGAGCGCGCGACUCCGUGUACCACCUGAGCUGCUUCACGUGCACCACUUGCAACAAGACGCUGACUACGGGCGACCACUUCGGCAUGAAGGACAGUCUGGUGUACUGCCGGCUCCACUUCGAGACGCUGGUGCAGGGACCGGACUAUCACCCCCAGCUCAACUUCGCCGAGCUGGCAGCCAAGGGCGGCGGCCUCACCCUCCCUUACUUUAACGGCACCGGCACGGCACAGAAGGGAAGGCCGCGCAAGAGGAAGAGUCCGGCCAUGGGGAUAGAUAUACCCAGCUAUAACACAGGCUGUAACGAGAACGACACCGAUCACUUGGACCGGGACCAGCAGUCCUACCCUCCAACACAGAAGACCAAACGCAUGCGGACCUCCUUCAAGCACCAUCAGCUGCGGACAAUGAAAUCCUACUUUGCCAUCAACCACAACCCAGAUGCCAAGGACUUAAAGCAGCUGGCCCAGAAAACAGGCCUCACUAAGAGAGUUCUACAGGUUUGGUUCCAAAACGCAAGAGCCAAAUUCAGAAGGAACGUUUUGCGACAGGAGAAUGGAGGUGUUGAUAAGGCUGAUGGCACCUCACUCCCUCCACCCUCAUCCGAGAGUGGGGCCCUGACCCCCCCCUCCAGCGCGGCCACACUAACAGACCUGACAAACCCCUCUAUCACUGUAGUGACCUCCGUCACCUCUAGUUUGGACAGCCAUGAUUCGGGGAGCCCUUCGCAAACUACCUUGACAAACCUUUUCUAACAAGCUAUCUCUAGCAGACUGAUUUUUAUUUUAUCUGAUUUUUUUGUUUUGGUUUUUUUUCUUUUUUCUUUUUUUUUUUUUUUUUUUUUUAAAUUUUCUUUCCUCAAUUUACAUUUUAUUUUUUUAAGUGACACCUUUAAAUCAACCAGAGACAGCUCCUUGGAACAGAAAGUGCUGUACUGUGUACACAAACAAGAACAACAAGAGCAAGAACAGCAGCGACCACAUUAAAACACAAGAAAAUCAUUUUAAUGUGUAGCAUUUGAAACCGCAUGGCAGCCGUGUCUGUAGUUGACUUACAGUAUGCAGAGAUUGAUUCUGGACGGGACAUUUUGAAGUUGAAAGCAUUAGAAAAUUGUCAUGGAUUCCACAAUUCACUGGAAAAAAAUAAGUUAACUCGAAGCUUGUUUGGAAAACUAGAAUUCUUUUUUACUUGAUUUGACUUUAUUUGUACAUUUGUUUUGAAUUAUGAUAAAGUGAGCCCUUCCUAAUUUAUGGUUAAUUGGUAAUUUUAAAAUAAUAUGACUAUUUUGCCCUCAGAAACCUGUAUAUGUAUGCACUGUGUUCGCACUAUCCAAUUUAAAGAUUUUUUUUUUCUGUUUUUGAAUAAUUUGGGAAAUAAACUUGUAGAAUGUUCUGUAUAUGGGUAACUCCAGAAAACAGGCUUUAAUUAUUUCCGAAUGUUUCAGUCUUUAGACUGAGUUGGAUGGAAUCAGACAUUGGGAUAUCUCACAGAGCUACAUGUUAAACAUCUAAAUUGGAUUUCCUAAGCACCUAACUAUUGCAGCUUAUAUGGCGGGUAGAUGCUGAAACCACAACAUAACGUUUUGUCUUGAUUCAAAACUCUACUGUGAUAAAGAGAAAGAAGCAAAUCCCACAAUCUGUACAGUGGUAACUGUUCAACAUGUAAUGCAGUCACAUUGACAGAAAUGGUUUGAUAAUUAGAGAUCAGGAAGAGAAAUUCCGAUUGGAGAGCAGUUUAUGGGCACUGUUGUAAUCGAUUGUUUUCAUGACAGAGCACUUUUUCGGAUUUGUUGGCCUCAUAGAUUAGCCGUAGUCAAAUGGAUACUAGCAAACAUAUCCAUAGACCCACAGAUAAACUCAAUUGCACAGUGACAAUAUACUGCCCGGUGAAAAGUGCAUUAUAGUUUUUAUCAUGUUGCUCAGGGUAACGAUGUGAUUUUAAAAGGGAAAAGGAGUAGGGGUGAGAAAUUAAGUGGUUGCAACGUUGCAAGCUAGAUUUGUAGAGCUGACAUGAACAUUCAAAUGACCUCAGAUAGGUGGAGUCGUAAGAGGCAGCCAGUGGGAAAUCAUUGUCCAUGUGUUCUCCUUUUUGGCCAUAUUUAUACUUUCUUUAAUGACACUUGCCACUGAACAGACCAAAAACAUGUUUCUUCUGGCUGAAAGAUAGAGAUAAAAGAAAGAGAAAGAGAGCAAAUCUUCAAUGGAGUUGAUACAUUUCAUUGUGAGCGUCACAAUUUGUUCUAUUGUAGAACAAAGUGGUACUCUAGAUCUACUUAAUGAAGUAGAUGCCUAACUCAGUUCUACUAUGUGCCUUAUGCUAUAACUUGGGAGAAAGUUUGUGAAAUUCAGGAUAUAUGUGUUCUUUGUUAACUGAUUCACAUCCUUUUGACGCCUCACUAGUUUUGUACUGUUUUGCAUCUUAUUUUCGAAGAUCUUUUUAUGGUGUAUCCUGUUAAAAAGGGGGCAGCGAUGUCACAGAAAGCAUUUGUGCACUCUUUCAGAUAUAGUUGGGUAAUCCAAGAACCUUAUAUAUUGAUCUUCGUGUUAAUAGUUGAGUACAGUAAGUGUUCUAUCAAGAUUGUCCAUGUUUCCCUGUUUCUUGAUAAAGAUGGUGUAUAGAAACUAUUUCCCCCUAAAUAUUUAUGGACCAAACGGUUGUUAUAUAUCUUAUUAAAUUUGUGUGAAUAAAAAAUACUUUGCUUUAAA